CAGGCGCAUGCGCAGUAACGGUUGGUGAGGAGCAGGUCGGAGCGCUGCGUCUUGCCAUGAGUGCCAAAGUGAAUGUGGACGUCCAGCCAAAAGAUGCAGAUGCUGCUUCCCCCGAAAGCAAUGGCACGUUUCCCUCCAAGGACAGUUUAUCUCAGCGCCCGAGACCCCAAAAUACCACCACCAUCAUUUUACCAGCUUCCACUCAUCCAAUGCCGAAGGUGGAAGUGUCCCAAAACGCUGGAAAGGAAGUGAAGGGAAGCGGGUCCAGCAGCCUGGAGACUGCCUCAUUGGCUGCCCAGGUGGGCGGCACCUGUAGUAUCGUCCAUGUUCUGGAGUGGAAAGAAGGCAUGGCCAUCCUUCCAGGCAGCAAUCUGAAGCUGUGUGUGAGUGACAGCGGGACACUUGAGGUGAUCACUCAGGGGAAAGUGGGUACAGCUAACUCACUCACUGAUGGAGCUGCAACCAAGGCAGACGGAGAUCACAAACAAGCUGUGAAACCUGGUCCAGAUACAUCAGCAGAUGUCUCAGUGCAUAGUGUUGCUGGUCCAGCUGCCUCUGUAGAGGGUGGUCGUCACAUGAAGCCGAGCAUGGUGGCCCAGGAGGUUUCGGUCCAGCGGAAGAGUGAGCAGGUUACCAAGCGGGCCUAUCCUGAGGAGCUACGUCGGGAACCAGUUGCAGAAAACUCCACAGGUAUUGAGAGGGUUCAGGAAGGGCAAGUGGCCUCUCGUGUCCCUGAACUACUGAAGCCAAUGAAGAAGAAGAGAAGGAGGGAUUAUUUAAGCCCCUCUGAGGAAGACUCCGAGGCUGAGGCAAUGGAGGAGAAAGCUGAAGACUCGAAAACAGAUGGAGGGCAGGGAAAAGCAGGCACGACAGAUGCUAAAGCUGAGUUGUGGUCGUGGCCGCAGUAUCUGGAGGAACAGAAGGCAGUGGCAGCUCCACCCAAACUCUUCCAAGAGUCACAGAGAGUUCCUGAAUGUCCAAACAACUUUCGCCAAGGCAUGAAGUUGGAGGGCAUUGACCCUCAGCAUCCCUCCAUGUACUUCGUACUAACAGUGGCUGAGGUUUGUGGCUACAGACUACGUCUUCAUUUUGAUGGCUACUCAGACUGCCAUGACUUUUGGGUCACUGCUAACUGCCCAGAUAUUCACCCUGCUGGAUGGUGUGAGAGCACAGGACACAAACUGUACACUCCUAAAGGUUAUAAGGAGGAGGAGUUUUCCUGGGCAAGCUACUUAAAGCUAACCAAAGCACAAGCCGCCCCAAAAGAAUUGUUUACUAGCCCAGGAAAAACAGAUAAGGACUGUGGGUUUGAGGUUGGCAUGAAGUUAGAAGCUGUUGACCGCAUGAACCCCUCUCUCAUUUGCGUCGCUACGGUAACGGAUGUGGUGGGAAACCGUUUUCUAGUUCACUUUGAUAACUGGGAUGACACCUACGACUACUGGUGUGAUGCUCGAAGUCCAUAUAUUCACCCAGUCGGCUGGUGCCAAGAAAGAGGCCUCCCACUCACCCCGCCUCAAGACUAUCCUGAACCAGGCAAGUUCUCAUGGGAGAGAUACUUGAAUGAGACUGGCUCUACAGCUGUGCCUGCUGAGGCCUUUAAAGUGCGGCCUCCACAUAGUUUCCAGGUCAAUAUGAAGCUGGAGGCUGUGGAUAAGAGGAGUCCAGCACUGAUCCGGGUGGCCACCGUGCAAGAAGUGGACUCACACAGGAUUAAGAUCCAUUUUGAUGGCUGGAGUCAUGUUUAUGAUGAGUGGAUGGACUCAGACCACCCUGACAUCCACCCUGCAGGCUGGUGUGAAAGCACAGGCCACUCUCUCAAACCCCCGCCCUGCAUCUCCAGCACCCAACAGCCUGGGCCUAAGGAGAACACAGCUGCAGGGCAACCCAGCUACACAUCUACUCCCUGUAAAACUGUCCCGCAUUCCCGCAACACUUCUAAGUACAGCUUCCACCACAGAAAAUGUCCCACUCCUGGGUGUGAUGGGUCAGGACAUGUGACCGGGCGUUUUACGGCACAUCACUGUAUAUCGGGCUGCCCCCUUGCUGAAAGGAAUCAGGGCAGGGUCAAAACUGACCUCUCAGACACAGAGGGGUCCAAGCGCAACCUCCUCGUCUUUGGCCAGAGGGCAAAAAAGUCACGCUACCAUGGAAGGAUUGGCCGCCCUCCAAAAUAUCGAAAGAAUCAGCAAAGAACCUAUCAGAACAUGUCUACAGAAAGCAUGUAUCCCUCCCUGUUCAUGUCGGCUUUGACAGCCAGUUCAGAUCGCACACUUUCUCUUUGCUGGGAGCAACACUGCAAGUUACUGCCUGGUGUUGCUGGAAUCCACGCAAGCCAAGUAGCUACAUGGACUGUAGAGGAGGUUUUUGGCUUUGUGCAAAAUCUUAUAGGUUGUGAGGAGCAGGCCCGGCUGUUCAAAGAUGAGAUGAUCGAUGGAGAGGCCUUCCUCCUGCUGACUCAGACUGAUAUUGUGAAGAUAAUGAGCAUCAAGCUAGGACCUGCCCUGAAGAUCUACAAUGCCAUCCUGAUGUUCAAAAGCACUGAUGAAGGACUGUAGUGGAACUGUGCGACACUUCAGACCUGUGUGACGUGCCCAUCCAUUCAGAUUCCAUGACCCAUCAUGUGUUUGGUGUUUACCACUGUCCCCACCAGAGCGAGAGAGAAAGAGAACAAGAGAAAGAGAAAAAAAAAACCACCAGACAGGAAAAAGUAGGUGCAUGUGAAGUGUGACUGAGCCCACAGUACAUUGUGAAAAAAGUGAUGCAUUGAAUUAGCUUGAUUCAAAUGUAUCAUCGUUUCCACAAAAUACAUUAAAUCAACACAAUUUUGUCUUUUACUUACUUUUUGCAUAAAUUGCGUUGAUAUAUUUUAUUUAUGUGUAAAUAAUGAACACAUUUGAAUCAAGUCAAUGUCAGAGGUUUUUCAGUACAGCAUGAUGCUGCUGUAUUAUUAUAAUUUUUUUUUUCCAAAAAAGGGAAUGCAGUGUUGCAAUAAAGAGCGGCCUGAUCCAAAACCCAAAAAUUGUUAUCUACCAAGCUGUGGUCUAUCCCGGGUGGUCAUUUUUCCUCCUGCUUCAGCCAACUGGCAUUUUCAUGUCUGUCCAAGCUGUCUGCAAGACGUUUGAGUGGGCGUAACUAGGUGGUUCAUUUCAUUUGGCACUUUUUUGUGAAAGACACUGUUGCUGAUAAUGUCAGCUACACAAAGGCAGUGCAAAAACGUGUGUUACUGCUUAUUGAAGGUAUUGGGCAACUUGUACACGCAAUUGUAUAUUCUAUCAUAUGAAGAUUCGUGGCUAAGAUGUUUCUUUUUAAUGACUAAGCUGUUUGAGUAUACACUGAGAUCCAAAAGUGUGAGACCAUGUUGAAAUUUGUGUAUUUUUGAUUCACAUUUAUAUGUUGAAUUAGAACAUUUUUGAAUUUUAAAAAAAUAUAUAAAACAAACUUAUCACAGGUAAUAUGAAGAAGAAAUACUCUGCAUUGUUAUAAAGAUUCUGUAUUAUUUUUUAUUUAUUUGAUCUAUUCAUAAGAGGCUUUCUUGUGAAGCUUGGGUGCACAGUGUCAUUAAAGCAAAGGGGGACAUAACCACCAAAUACUAAGAAAUUCUGUCAUUUAGAUAAAUAGGUUCCACUUUUUGCUCAAUUUGUUAUGCUGAUAAUACCAUUUGUAAUUAAAAAUUAAAUUAGAAAGGAAUGCAGAAUAGAAGCACUUUCACUGUUGAUCUCUGACUUUUGGACCUCACCGCACACACAUGGGGUAUUAAUAUCUGACCGCACAAUGACUCCAUUCAGUUAGGAAAUGAUUCAGUGAAUCUUGUCCAAUUUGGUACAAUUCAGAUUCAUUUUCCAAAUGAAAUUAAACACACAGAUGUGACUUGAGGAAUUAGUCAAAAAACAAUACAUUUUAUAUGUGUAUUUAUUUACAAAAAGUGCCACAAUUCAAUUAAACUAAAUUCAAUGAAAGGAGCACAUUUCCUGAGUAUUAUUUUAAUCAAUCGUAGUUGAUUUUAACAUUCCAAAAUCAGAGCAGGUGUAUUGCCACUGUCAGGGUGAUAAACUGUGAUGCACUGAUGCCUUUUUCACCCCUAAAAUGUAUAUCUUACUAGUACUAUGAAUACCCUGGAUGGCCCCUAUGCAGAGCAUCCAGGACCUCUGAGAUGGGUGUGAUUAUAUUUGGAGUCAUGACUCAUAGCACUUUCCGGCAUUAUGCUGUUCUUUGUCAGUUUUUUUUUCUACAUAAGAGUAAGUUGUAAGGUGUUCAUUGAAAUCUGGGCAGUUUCUGGCAGACUUGGUGCUACUCCCAAACCCCUUCUUCAACUCAUGGUAAUGUUUAUGCACUUUAUAUGAUAUCAGCCAACAGGUGGAGCAAACGCACAUUCUGAGCCACUGCAGAGAAGCAUCGGAGCAUCUGCAGCGUUUACCCUCACACCUUCUGCAGCUGUUUUGUCGCUUAUGAAAUUAAACUUCAUUACUUUGUUAAUUAACUGGGAGUUGGGACUAAAUACAUCUAACACAAGUCUUAAUCUGUUUUUUUUUAAAAUUUUCUCUGAUGGGAAAACUAUAAUAAUGUACAGUUCAGUAAAAAAGUCAUGCCUCAUCAACAUAAAUAAAUGUUUAAUUCCAGA